UGUGGGAUGACUCAGCGGGCCCCCCAGCCCCGUGCGCAGCGCAGAGGUGCGCGCCGCCGGUGGGCAGGGGAGCGCCCGGAGCCGUGAGUGACAGCGGGGAGCGCCGCGCUCGCUCGCUCCGCCGAGGGGCGCGCGUGGGGAGCCAGCCCUGGCCGGAGGGCUGCGGGAUGGCCGUGGGCUCCGGCAAGAUGCAGCCCCCGUGCGACAGCGCGGAGCCCGCCCUGAGCCGCAGGCCGAGCGCCAGGCACCACGAGCCGCAGCAGCAGCAAGUGCAGCUGCGGCAGAAGCUGAGGGAGCUGCCGGCGCGGCUGCGGAGCGGGCUCACGCUGCGGAGGAAGAACCCCGCCGCCGGGGGCCGGAAUUUGUCCAGACGAAUUUCAAAUCCAUAUCUGGAAAACCCUUCAAGCAAGAUUUAUGGAGAGAGUUCUUCAUGUGCUGGGAGAGCUCUCAGGAAUAUUUUUACAGUUCAAGCUUCUGACUUGAUUAAAGACAGAGUGUACCUUACAGGAAUUUGCAGGAGAAGCUGUGUUGGAUCAGAACUGGUAGACUGGCUGUUGGAGCACUGUCCUUUUGUGAAGUGCAGAUCUACAGCAGUUGGUGUAUGGCAGCUCCUACUGGAUAUGGGAAUUGUGUUAUCAGUGGACAGACAACUUUAUUUUCAAGACACUCAUGUUUUCUACCAGUUCUCAGCUGAUGAAUGUACUUAUCUUUUCUGUGAAUUCGAAAGAGAUGAAGGAUGGCAAAAUGGUGUAAAACUCUUACUGCAGCUAGUGCCUCUUACUUCAUCCAGGGCUGCUAUAUGCAAUCUGCCUGGUCAAAAAAUAGAAGACACAGCAGAGACCAAUGCUGAAAUUCUUGCUCGCCUCACAUCUGCGGUACAGAAAGAACUGGCUGCUGUCAUUGCUUUGAAAGCAAGAAAGUCAGCAGUUCAUCAAAAUGAAGAAAACAGCAACCAGGAAACAAAAGGGCCAGAAGACUUCAAAUAUGCUUCUGAUGCACAGGCAGGGGUUUUGUGCAAGCUUCAGGAAAGAGAUGACAUUGGACGGAUUGAACUAGUCCAGAAGCUGGCAAGGGAAAACUGUCAGUUUUUGCAGGUGGAUAGAAAAGAACCAGAGAAGACAGAACAACAGAAUGAUGAAGUAUCUACUAUUGAAGUGAAGGAACAAGACCAAGAUGUUCUGGUGCUUAGGAAAGUGUCGUCACAUAGCCCUGCCCCCACAUCAGGGAGUGCCGAGAAUGAUUGGAGAUAUGUGGUGGUAUCGGGGACUCCAGAGAAGAUUUUGGAGCACCUUCUGAAUGACUUGCACCUAGAAGCAGUCCAAGACAAAGAGACAGAGACCCUCCUUGAUGACUUCCUUCUCACAUACACGGUCUUCAUGACGACAGAUGACUUAUGCCAGGCAUUGCUGAGGCACUAUUGUGCUAAGAAUGAUCAAGACAAGGAAGAAAAUGCAGAUGUUCCCUGUAGAAAACGAAAAGUCUUGCAUUUGGUAUCUCAGUGGACUUCUCUCUACAAAGACUGGUUACAUGAAGAUGAACAUUUAAAGCAAUUUUUAAAGACAAUAUACAGAAAUGUGUUAGAUGAUGUAUAUGAAUAUCCCAUACUCGAGAAGGAAUUGAAAGAAUUUCAAAAGAUACUUGGACUGCAUCGUCGUCACACCGUAGAUGAAUAUUCACCUCACAGAAAGAAUAAAGCCUUUUUCCACCAAUUCAGUCUCAAGGAGAACUGGCUCCAGCACAAAGGAACCAUGAAUGAAACAGAGGAAAUUUUCUGCCGUGUGUAUAUAACAGAACAUUCCUAUGUCAGCAUAAAAACUAAAGUAUCCACUUCAGCGCAGGAGAUACUGAAAAUUGUAGCAGAAAAAAUCCAGCAUGCAGAGGAGGACCUGACUCUGGUUACUGUCACAUUCUCUGGGGAAAAACAUGAACUACAACCAAAUGACCUGGCUAUCUCAAAAUCUCUCGAGGCAACCAGUCGUAUGUUUGUCUACAGAAAAGAUCUGACUGAUACUUUGAAUCCAUAUGCUGAAAAUGAGGAAUCACUGCAAAGGUCUGUGAGAAUUUUGGGAAUUAACACCUGGGAUCUUGCCUUAGAAUUAACAUACUUUGAUUGGAGUCUCUUCAAUUCAAUUCACGAGCAAGAGCUGAUAUACUUCACCUUCAGCAGACAGGGCAGUGGUGAAAACACUGUGAAUCUUAGUCUUCUGCUUCAAAGAUGCAAUGAAGUACAACUCUGGGUGGCCUCUGAAGUACUCCUCUGCAGCCAGCUCUGUAAACGUGUACAGCUAGUGAAAAAAUUCAUCAAGAUUGCUGCCCACUGCAAAGCCCAAAGAAACCUGAAUUCAUUCUUUGCCAUUGUUAUGGGUCUCAAUACUGCAUCUGUCAGCCGGCUGUCUCAAACCUGGGAGAAAAUCCCUGGGAAGUUUAAGAAACUCUUCACCGAACUUGAAAGUUUGACAGACCCUUCUCUGAAUCACAAAGCCUACAGAGAUGCAUUCAAGAAAAUGAAGUCUCCGAAAAUUCCUUUCAUGCCCUUACUUCUGAAAGAUGUAACGUUCAUCCACGAAGGAAAUAAAACUUUUCUGGAUAACCUUGUUAAUUUUGAAAAGCUGCACAUGAUUGCUGAUACUGUCCGAUCACUGAGACAUUGCAGGAAUAACCAAUGUGGCAAUGAAGUUCCUCCAAAGGAGAAUCAAGAGCUGAAGCCACAUGUCUAUCACCUGCACAUCAUUGACGACCAGCAAACGCUGUUUGAGCUUUCUCACCGGAUAGAGCCUCGAGCAUGAGUGCCCACAGCUUCAUGUAACCUUGUAACUGCAGCACUUUUAAUUAAGUGAAUGUUUAUGCCAAGCAUGUUGCUUCCCUAUAUGAGAACAGUUUACUGAGUUUUAUCAGUAGUCACAUGAUACACACAGGAAAAUCAAGCAAAGCAAGAAAAAGACCUGUUCACAGCAUUCCAGGGCAAGGAUAGUGCCAUUUUCACUUACCAGAAAAGGAAGGCGAAGAGCAGCAUUGUUUAAGCUAAGAAGCUUGGUUUAUGUGACCGUAUUGGUGGUCCAGUGUAGCUUUCAGUCGAGACUCCGCCAGUAUUAGAGGGAAAGGAAGCAUCAUGUCACCGUAACAAAACAUUCCAGCAAGCAGCACUGUGUGACAUGGGGGUUCACAAUUCACCAUACAGUAUGUACCUCACUAAUCUGAGGCUGCCAAAGUAUUUAUUGUUGCGCCAAAAAAAAAAAAAAAAAAGUGCAAUCCAUGUUGCUGCUCUGGCUCCAGGGGAAUGUCUUAUUCGAGACAACAGCAAAUGCCUCAGAAUGGGAAUAUAAAAAAUAACUUGUAUAAGACAAUGUUGCAUGUUAAUGCAAUUGUGUGUCCUGAUUGGAGGUCAUAAGUCAACAGAAGCUGAUAUCUGAAACGCUCCUAAAUUCACUUUCUCUUAAGAAUUUGCUUUAUAGCAGACAGUAAAAAGAUAAAUCUAAUCUUGACACAGUUUAUGAAAACAAACAUGGCAUUUCCCCUUUUGAGAGACCAAGAGGGUUAUCCUGCAACUCAAUUAGAGCAGUUCUUCCUCGAUCUAAAAGGUACAGGUUAAAAAGCCUUUAUUACUUGCUCCCAUUCCAGUUAUCCUUGUUUGUCACUAACUUCUGCUGUUAGUAUGCUAUUGGUUAUUAAAAAGGGAGCUCAGUGCUUUACUGCUUGGACUGUAGUCUCUUAUACACCUUCCGGAAGGCCAUCCUAGUACUUAAAAAAACAACAGGAAAUAUCCUGUUACAGACAGUAAAAUCUAACCUGCUGAGUGUAUGCUUUAAGUUUUGAAAGAAAAAAAUAGCAUAAUUCAUGUAUUACAGGUUCUCAUUCUCCAUAUGUAUGCAACCUGAAUAGGCUUUCAACAUUAUUUCCUUCUAACACUUCUCUUCCUCCAUCCCUGCCCCAAUUUUCAUUUAGACAAAUCAAGGUAAUAUUCAUUGGCAUUACUGAAUAUGUUUUAAGUCACGUUCACAAUGUAUUCAUGUCUCCAGCACCCUCUCAUCAUAAUAUUGUUUUUCAGGGCUAAGGAAUGGUCUUGAAAUAAUCUAGUAUACACUAUAGAUGAUGUAAUGUGCUUCACAGUAAACACAAUUUAUUGUAGAGGGCCUUAUAGCAAAAUCCUCUUUGCAGUGGCAGUGAAGGUGUACUGUCUGCCUGCCUGUCUGUAUUGUGUCUUUAUCACACAAGAAAGACUUCCAAGAAAAUGCUCCUUUGUUGACAUUUGGGUCCACCAGAGUGUCUGAAGUAGCAUGCUCUUCAUCAUAUUGUGAUCUGUGGUUUAAAGGGUCAGAAAAGCAGCUUUAACAAGUAGUUUUGGGGACAUUCUGUCAGAUGCAUUCAGGUUUCCCCAUCUGUGAAAUAUUGUACAGUUAUAAUGUAAAGGAAACAGAAGUUUCAGAAAUGUAUUUGCUUGUACUUUGGUAUUAUCAAAUACGAUAUGAUUUUUCUUUUUUUUUUAAAGAAAUCUUUUUACCCAGUAAAAAGAAGAAAAAUAAACUCUUGCUGGCCAUGGAGUAAAAAUUUCUUAUGUUUUUCUGUAGAUGUGCUUGCACAUAUUGUAAAUAACUCUUCUGUGCAAACAGACCAAAACUGUUCAAGUCAGGACACUAGCUUUAGUGGACUCAUUUUUGCAGUAUAAAAACAUAAAUCACAAAUAAUGCUUGUUUUUUGUUUUGUUGCAGUUUGUAAAUUUCCACUGAGUCCCCUCCCUGGGUUCAUUAACUGAAACAUUCACUGAUUCUUAAGCUUCCCCCUUGUUGAGAUCUUUUCAUUGUGGCACAACUGUAAUAAACCUCACUGUAGACCUGAUCCAGUACCCUAGUUCAUAAUGAGGAGUUCUUUUGAAAUCAGCAGGACAAGUGCGUAGUAAAGUACUACUCAAUAUGAGUAAGGGUUUUAGAAAUGCACCUCUCUCUCAAUUCUCUGCAACUUUUACCCUACAAUAGCCUUCUUAGUAGUAGUUUACACCUCUCUGCUGGUGAAGCAACAGUGAGAGGGGUGGGGGGGAGGACGAGUGGGGGAAGGGGAGGGAAUGAUCCUGCUCUCCGUACUCAGGUUUGCAGUCAGACUAAAAAUUCUGUCAUCUAAAUACCAAAUUUCAAAUAUUGUCAUGCUAUGUAAUUUUGUAUGAAGUGCUAUAAACUGCAGCAGUUUACACAGAGGUCUUUAUUAUCUGAAUACAUCUUCAGCUGGGAAAGGCAAAGUAUGUUUAGUGUAUGCAUCCCAUGCAGAGAAUAUUCACCUUGUAUCCACAGUAUUAAUAGGAAGGCAACUACCCUGAACAUGCAGCAAAAGUUUUCAGCAAAUAAAGACCGUCAGGGUCUUCAUUUUGAAGUGGAGCCUGCCUUUAGACUGGCAAACAUCUGAGGGAAAGAUGGUUGCGAGGAUGACUAAAAAGGAACACUAUGAAAUGGAGGGGACUGGGUGUAGCAUCCAUCCCCCAGUUUCUAGAUCUGGCAAUACUGUGAUCUUUAAUCACUAUCCCUCAAAAUAGUAGCAUUGUUAAUACCAUUUUAGAAUAGUUACCGAAAAUCUUAAAUCUCGGCCUAUCCCAGCCACAUGCCAGAUUAAACUGUGUCUGUGUGUUUGUUAGUAGCUCAGAGCAGUUUUUAGAUAAAACAAGGGAAGAGCGGGGUCACUCUUCAGAUCUUUGAUUUGGGAUUUUGGCAUGUCACAUCUAGAUACUUCUGUGAUGUGUGCUUCAGAUUUCAGCCCAAUUCUAGAUAGUUAACAAGCUGUGCUUUGAUGCUAGGGGGAAAACAGGAUUACAUGUUGCCAAAACCAGAUCAAAACAGUUCUGUUGGGGGAAAAAAAUACAAAGAAAGCUGUAAAUACUAAACUUUUUAGCAGAUUAAUAAUAUUUAUUUGCAUAGUCUAUUUAUUGUAGUCUUCAUCCCAGUAUUUCUUAAUAGGGUAAUAAGUCAAUGAACUGAGGUAAGAACACUUGCCUGUUAUAUUCUCUUUAACUGGAGUGCCAUAAUACUGUCAGCCUGCAUUAACAAUAAAACGGUAGAAAACCCCAAAUCAAGGUAUUUACCUAACUUCUCAGGGACUACAGCUAGUAGUUAUCCACCAUUAUGAGAACUGGUAUGUAUGAAAUAGUCUGAUUUACCAAAAAAUUCACUGUUGCCAAUGUUUUCUUUUUCAUAUUUCAUGCUUGUACAUAUUAUUGUGUUGUGUAUUUAUGAGAGAGCUAGUAAGCAAUAAUUUAUAUGUCAAAAUGGCCAAGCAAUACAAGGUUAAAACUUGUAGAAGCAACUGUCUCAUUUAUCUUGCAUUUUCAAGUGUUUUUUAAUAUUCCUUUUCAAAAUAUAAAACUACAUUAAUGAAA